CUCACCCCCCAAUCAUUUAUGCUUGGGUUUCCAUCAUCUGCGACAACUUAACACAACAUGGCGAAAGCCGUAGCAACGAAGCCCAAGGGCGCUUCGUUCGUUACGCCUGCGCCGCAAACUACCACGAAGCCUGUCGUAAAGAAGAACGAUGACUACACCUCUGACGGCGUCGAGGACAACGAUGUCUUCCUCUUGCCCAUCUCUGACUACAACGUCAUGGCUAUUGUCACCAUCCUGGGAGCUGUGGUUCGCCUUUUCCGCAUCUACCAGCCCACCAGCGUCGUCUUCGAUGAGGUGCACUUCGGUGGUUUCGCUUCCAAGUACAUCAAGGGCAAGUUCUUCAUGGACGUCCACCCGCCCCUCGCCAAGAUGCUCAUCGCCCUCGUUGGCUGGCUCGCCGGUUUCGAUGGAGAUUUCGAUUUCAAGGAUAUCGGCAAGGACUACCUCGAGCCCAACGUACCAUACGUUGCCAUGAGACUGUUCCCUGCCGUCUGCGGCAUUCUGCUCGUCCCCACCAUGUUCCUGACCUUGAAGGCUGUUGGGUGCCGAACCGCAACCGCUGCACUUGGUGCUUCCUUGAUCAUCUUCGAGAACGGUCUCCUAACACAAGCUCGGUUGAUCCUGCUCGACUCCCCCCUCGUACUCGCCACCGCUUUCACCGCUCUUGCCUUCACCUCCUUCACCAACCAGCAUGAACAGGGCCCUACAAAGGCAUUCUCGGCCAGCUGGUGGUUCUGGCUGGUCAUGACUGGUCUGGGACUCGGCACAACCUUCAGCAUCAAAUGGGUUGGUCUUUUCACAAUUGCCUGGGUUGGUUCCUUGACUCUGGUUCAGCUUUGGGUUCUCCUCGGCGACACCAGGACCGUUACCAUGCGCAUUCUCGCCAAGCACUUCCUGGCGCGUGUCUUCUGCUUGAUCAUCAUUCCCGCCACUUUCUACAUGGCAAUGUUCGGCAUCCACUUCCUAUGCCUCACCAAUCCCGGAGAGGGAGAUGGUUUCAUGAGCUCCGAAUUCCAGGCUACUCUGAACAACAAGGGCAUGCAAGACGUUCCUGUUGAUGUUGCUUGGGGAAGCAGAGUCUCCCUCAGACACGUCAAUACCCAAGGCGGAUAUCUGCACUCACACCCUCUGAUGUAUCCUGGCGGCAGUCAACAGCAGCAGAUUACUCUCUACCCGCACAAGGAUGACAACAACAUUUGGCUUCUCGAGAAUCAGACUCAACCUCUUGAUGUGAACGGUGAGCCCAUCAACGGCACAGCUGCUUGGGACAAGGUCAGCAACAUAACCGAGAACUACAUCAAGGAUGGCGACGUCAUGCGCUUGUACCAUCUCCCUACCCACAGACGUCUUCACUCACACGAUGUCCGACCUCCUGUGAGCGAGGCCGAAUGGCAGAACGAGGUUUCCGCAUAUGGUUAUGAGGGAUUCCCUGGUGAUGCUAAUGAUCUUUUCCGUGUUGAGAUUGUCAAGAAGGAAUCAAGUGGGGCCCUCGCCAAGGAGCGUCUUCGAACCAUUCAGACCAAGUUCAGACUCGUCCACAUCAUGACUGGCUGCGUUCUUUUCUCGCACAAGGUCAAGCUUCCUGACUGGGCUUCUGAGCAGCAGGAGGUUACCUGCGCCAAGGGCGGUACUCUCCCCAACAGCUUGUGGUACGUUGAGUAUAACGAGCAUCCUUCUCUCGGCCCCGAUGCUGAGAAGGCAAACUAUGUCCGUCCCGGCUUCUUUGGCAAGUUCUGGGAACUCCAAAAGGUCAUGUGGCGAACCAAUGCCGGCCUGGUUGAGUCGCACGCCUGGGAUUCUCGUCCCGAGUCGUGGCCCAUCCUGCGUCGUGGCAUUAACUUCUGGGGUAAGGACAACCGUCAAAUCUAUCUGAUUGGCAACCCUAUCGUCUGGUGGUCAUCUACUGUUGCUGUUAUCCUUUACGUGCUCUUCAAGGGUCUAGCUGUUCUUCGAUGGCAGCGUAGCUGCAGGGACUAUGAUAACGCGACCUUCAAGCGAUUCGAUUAUGAGAUUGGUACUUCAGUUCUAGGAUGGGCUCUGCACUACUUCCCAUUCUUCUUGAUGCAGCGCCAGCUGUUCCUGCACCACUACUUCCCAGCACUGUAUUUCGCUGUCAUGGCCUUCUGCCAGGUCUAUGAUUUCGUUACCGCGCGAUUCCCCUUGCCAGGUAUCCGUAGCAACCCCAUCAUCAACAAGACAGGCGCAAUCGCCAUCCUGGCUCUUUCCGCUGCUGUCUUCGCCCUCUAUUCGCCCUUGGCCUAUGGAAACGCCUGGACCAAGGACGAGUGCCGUCGCGUCAAGCUGUUUGACACCUGGGAUUGGGACUGCAAUACUUUCCUUGAGAGCGUAAGUGUUCCUACACAUGGCAUGCCAUCUAGAGGGAGGGCUUAACCCCUCGCAUCUGCAUGAGAGAGGCUUACGAUGCCUACGACAAGAUUAC